ACUGUCAGUUAGUGCCGUGGCGCCGUGACGGUAUGGUGACCUUUUGCGUGUUGUUCUUUGCAAUCUUUCUUCUUCCAUCGCGUUGAUCAUCGAUCUCGUGCCGUCGCGCCGAAAAAAUUUUCGAAAAAAAAAAUCGGUGGAAGGGGAAACGGACAGCUGCUCGGAGAGAAAAAAAGAUAAAAAAAAAGAAAACAAACAAAUAACAAGCAAGAUUAUCGUACUGUGAUUUAUUUUUCUAUCAAUUUUUGCACCUACUUAUGGAGAACAAGCUAGUACUGUGCAGUUAUCUUUUUUGGAAAAACUUUAACCAGUGUAUAAUAAAAAAUAAUUGUGAUUAGCGUAAGUGUUUUAUUCUACUUGCAGAAAGUGAAUUUUUUUUACAUUACAUCGAACGAAAGAGAGAAAGUAAAAAAAAAAAGAAACAAAUAAAAAGAAAACGCUCGUGUGUUCCGAUGAUCUACGAGUUCGUGUCCGAUCGUGUGUGUUACGCGUGCUUUUGCUGACGGCUCAUGUGGAUAACAGUUAACAAGGCGUCUCUUUCUACGGAACGAGAGGCGAGUGUCGGCGAUGUUAGAAGGACCAUUAUUCCCAUCUGUCGGUAUAACGAGGCGUAAUUGAAAUCUCUCGCAUGGACACGAAGGCGCGAGCGGGCCCCGUUUCUCACGUUGGGGCCACAAUUGGCCUUAAUGUUGCCUCUGUCCGGUAAGCCAGUUUGGAGAUCCUUUCCACGUUGAAAGAUCAGUCGAGUGGAGGAGCCCGAGGAACGAUAAACACGAAGCGCUUUAGAAAAAAUAAAAAAGGAGUAGCGGUUAUGAAGGUUCGAUGACUACGAGUUUUAGUGACAUCAAUAUGGACUCGCGUUACCUGAGAACCUGGCUCCUACAGAUUUUACUUCUUAUUUUAUCCUGUUCGCCUGGACGAUCUAUAGACAUAUCACAAUGCAUCGCACCCUUAGGAAUGGAGUCCAGGGCGAUCCCAGAUGCCGACAUUACAGCCAGCUCGAGUUUUGAUAGCGGAAACGUUGGACCCCAUCAUGGUCGGUUACGCCAAGAAAGUCACGGUGGUGCUUGGUGCCCGAAGCAACAGAUCACAACUGAACCACGCGAAUGGCUGGAAAUCGAUUUACACACAGUCCAUAUGAUCACGGGUACUGGUACUCAAGGUCGAUUUGGAAAUGGACAAGGCGUGGAAUAUUCGGAAGCCUAUCUUCUGGAAUAUUGGAGGCCUAAACUUGGCAAAUGGGUCCGCUAUAGGGAUGUUCGUGGCGAGGAAGUGAUAAAAGGUAACACGAAUACCUACCUGGAGUCGAAGCACGAGCUAGACCCACCAAUGUGGGCGAGUAAAGUGCGAUUCCUACCGUAUAGUUAUCAUCGUCGUACAGUUUGCAUGAGAGUCGAGUUAUAUGGUUGUCCUUGGAACGACGGUAUCGUUUCAUACUCGAUGCCUCAAGGAGACAAGCGAAGUAACUGGGAGUUCUUUGAUGCUACUUACGAUGGUUACUGGGACGGUCAGCUUCUACGAGGAUUAGGUCAACUAACCGACGGCAAGAUCGGCCCGGAUAAUUUCAAGAUGAGCUACUACGAUUACGAUCGUGGUCAAGGUUGGGUCGGCUGGAGGAAUGAUACUCGUUCGGGUCAUCCGCUCGAAAUCAAAUUCGAAUUCGACCACGUCAGAGAGUUUUCAGCCGUUCACAUUUAUUGCAAUAAUCAGUUCACCAAGGAAGUACAGGUGUUCUCCGAAGUGAGCAUCAUGUUCAGCGUGGGUGGCAAGUAUUACACUGGCGAUCCAAUCGUCUAUUCGUAUAUGGAAGAUAAAAUCUUUGAACAAUCGAGAAACAUCACGAUCAAACUUCAUCAUCGAAUUGGAAAAUUCGUCAAGUUAAGGUUUAGCUUUGCUGCCAAGUGGAUAAUGAUCAGUGAAAUCACUUUUGAUUCCGAUAUCGCACAUGGUAAUUUUACUCCAGAAGUUCCACCUACAACCGAAGCUCCACGAAGUCGUGAUCGAAAUUCUGCUCGAGACAAUCCCUUGCAAGCCGAAGUUCCCGUCGCUAAACAAGACGAUCCUACAUACAUGGCUGUAAUCAUAGGAGUUUUAGCAGCAGUCAUUUUGCUUUUAGCAGUUGCUAUUUUCCUCAUAGUGUCGCGCCAUCGACAGAGAAAAAACUUUGCCAGUCCCUUGGGUGCCAAAAGUGCAAUUCCUUCGAGUAACCAUCAACAUUUAUCACCUGAAUCAGCCUAUGGAACAACGGAAAAGGAUCCUUCUUUGAUGACGUAUAGAGUGGAGGAACUAGACGAUCGGUAUGCUGGAACGAAAUUAACGACCCUACCACGUGAUCUCAAUGAUCGGUUAUUGGGGGAUGUUAGGUUGGACGAGUAUCAGGAACCCUUUCACGAGAACAAAUAUCGAGAGCCUCCUCAUGCUGCUUAUUACGGAUACAGCACCGUCGUUAUAGACAACAAGGAUCUUCACGACAGCGUUGAACAAUCUGAUGCCACCUACGAUUACGCGGUACCAAUGCCUGUGCCUAGCGUGAGCAGCGAUCAAGAUAGCGUAUUUUCCAAGUCGUCAUCCAGAGGCAGUGCGAAGGCGUGUUUACAGAGCUUUUUUCCACCCCCCCCACCACCGAUGAGUGCUCCACCACCUCGCGGCUCGAACAAUCUGACAUACUCCAAUCCGCCGAGUCCAGAGCCAGUGUGCGAACGUGAACGCAGAGGAAGCAAACGCAGAGAACACUCUCUUCAUAGAUAUGCGUAAAAUCGCAUAACACACGUUCAUCCACACACACAUACAUAUACAUAAAAACAUGAAGCACACGCGCGCGCAUUCUUCAGGGACAUACGCAAAACGUGUCGAAGGUUACAGAGGUACGUUAAUUGCUAUACUUGAUUUAUUACACUACUCUUUCGUCUUCUUUCUAUUUCAACUUAUUAAAGUUAUUUCUUUUUUAACUUUCAAGUAAUGGUUCAAUCUCUAAUAAGGAAAAAACAAACAUGUGUAUAUACUAUUCUACAUCAGUGACCCGUUGAUCUUUUACUUACUAUUAUAGUUUCUAAUCGUUCUAAUUAUAAGUUAAUUAAUACUGCGUAGUUAUUAUUGAAAUAUAAAUUCUGAUACGAAAACAAUUGGGAUGGAGCAAAUAUAACAUAUAAUAACACGACGAAAGCAAUGAAGGUCAAGCAAUACGUUUUACUUUCUCAAAUGCGUCUUCGCAGGAAGAAUCCAUGGGAAACACAUGAAAUCGUGUGUUCGCAUGAAAGAUUUAACAAAUUUCUGAUUUAUUUCGUUUUCCUUCGACGUGCACUGCCAUUGACGCACUAUAAACAAUGUAAUCGUAGUUAAGAGUUAAUAUUCAAGAAUAUAGUAUGUAUGUAAAUAUAUAUAUAUAUAUAUAUAUAUAUGUGUGUGUAU